AGCCAAUCCAGAGGACGUACUGAGGAGAGCGAUGGAUAGAUGGCGGAGACUGAGCUAGCUUGCAUGCCAUUUUUAACAACAAAAAAUUGCUUAACACAUUUUCUAGCUAGCAGAGGAUGAGAGGAGACUAUUAAUAGCUAUAGCUAUAUAGCUAGCACACGCACCGGCAGAGCGAGAGCAGGCCAGCCAGGGCACAACCACAGCAGCUGCAACAACUGCCAUGCAUCUGUACUUGGUGGCGAGAGGCAGGGAGCUUUAGGCGAGCCUAGAGUCGUCGUCGUCUCCUCUCCCGAUCGGCUGGCUCCUACUUGCAUGGUCCCCGGCCCGCGUCUCUUUGCUCUCCGAUCCGACCUCAGUCACGGCGCCCAUCCCGGCCGCCCCCUUAAAACCGCACCAACUCGUAGCCAAAUUCUCGAGCUCACACCCACAUAUAUACACACAGAAAUAUAUACUACCAAGCUUGCCGCUUGUCGCCUCACAACCUACGACGAGCGGCUACCUUAAUUAGCUAAGCUAGAAUUCUUGGGGGGCGCACGCGGCAGCGUCUAGCUCGGAGCCGGCGGCCAUGGCGAAGCCGCAGGAGGUGCGCAGCGUCGACUCCUUCUCGCAGCUGCCGUUCAUCCGGCCGGCCCCGCCCCCGGCUCCGGCGCAGCCGAGGGACGCCACCAUCCGGCUCUUCGGCUGCGACUUCUCCAACGACGACCAGCAGCAGCGGCAGGCCAAGCAGCAGCAGCAGCACCGCCAGGACGCCGGCGCGGCCGCCGACUCCCCCGACGCCGCCAACGGCAGCUCGAUCACGUCCGAGAGCAACAACGGAGCCAACAAGAGCGGCGGCGCCGACAGGAAGUUCGAGUGCCACUACUGCUGCCGCAACUUCCCGACGUCGCAGGCGCUGGGCGGGCACCAGAACGCGCACAAGCGCGAGCGGCAGCACGCCAAGCGGGCCCACCUCCAGGCCUCCCUCGCCAUGCACCGCUACGUGCCCGGCCACAUGUACGGCCUCUUCAACUACCACCAGCAGCAGCAGCACCACCUCGGCGGCGGCGGCGGCGGCCGCUUCGACUACCCCGCGCCGCUGCAGUUGCCGCCCCCGCCGCCGGCGCGCUACCCGAUGUGGACGAGCGCCGGCCCCGCGGGGCCCUACGGCGGAGGCCCAGGCUCCAUGUCGCAGCCAAUCAACGGUAGCCCGGUGCCGCCGGGGCUCUGGAGGGUGCCGCCCCCCGCUGCGACGACGACCACCACUACCGCCAUGGAGAAUUUCGGCGUGCCCGGCCGCCGCCACGGCGCUGGUGGUGGCACGGCGGCUGUCCUGGCCGCUGGGCCGGCUGGCGCGGAGGCGGCGGCAUGCAAGGACGACGCGAUGGGCUUGUUGUCCCCCUCGCCCUCGCUCUCGUCGUGCUCGUCCACGUCGCCGGAGAAGAAGAAGCUAGGUAGGUGCGAAUUGGGCCGCCAGAAGGAGACCGUUAGCUUGGACCUCCAUCUGUAAUUCUUUCUUUGUUUGUUUGUCACUAUAUAUUAGGUCUCCGAUCUCCUUCCCGUUGUGGAUGGAUUAGCAGUUGCGAGUGCAUGCAAUUCUCAACAGUUUUCUAAAUAAUCG